UACAUGUGCUCCCGCACACUGAGAGGGUUCUCUCUAGUGUACAGAAGGGACACAUUAUUUUUAGGUUUCCAAGAAUAAAAUUUAAUGUUGUAGAUAUGGCUAAUUCGAUUGUUUUGGAAAAGCUGAGCAGCAGAAAUCUACUUUUAUUAUUUGCUGGAAACUUAGUGGUCCUGAUAAUUCUCUGUGUGGCAGGAGGGAAAGGACCUCGACCUACUAAUGCCAUGCACCGGAAUACUAAAAAUUGUAACGAUAAGUACCUACAGUUUCAGAACAGUACCAAACCUAUUGAUGACAAGAGUUGUCCAGAAAGAAUACUGUCGCUAGAAGAAGACAACCCUCGUCUGAUUGGUAACAACCUGGUAUUCUACGUAGUCCUACCCUCUGACUUGUACUCUCACUACACAAUGAGUCGGUGGUUUCAGUGGAUGAUCACCGUUCUUCAGAUCACGCCACUGCAAAACCCUAAAAUAAAGCUUACUAAUGAGAGCCCUACUCUAACGUUCAAAGGAGCGAUAUUUGGGAGGCACCACGAGGACGACCACUGGAGACCAGUUCACGCUCAGGACUCGGGGAUAGUUCACAGUAGACGGCUUGAGUGUGGGGUAGAUAAGGAAUAUGAUAUCAUACACUGCAGUGACGUUGCUUUGUUCGAGCUAGGAUCAGUGUUUUACACUCAGUACCUGAUAAACUUGCAGCUUCCUCAGCGGGAUGGUCUCAAUUCAGACCUACCUCGGAUCAAAAGUAUAGAGAUAACGGAAAUCCACCAAAACGGAGGGUUCACGAAAGUGUGGGUAGCACAGAAAAGUGUGAUGUGUCCCCUACUUCUCCUGGCUACUCUUCUCUUUAGAAGACAAGUCAGGAUACACACCAUACACAGUCCACUUCUUAUCACCAAAGUUAUUACUGGUAUUGGAAUGACGAAUGUAAUCUUUAAUUUGCCUAUGGAGUACCUGUCCCUAUUCGCUGAUGUGCCAGGACUCCGAGUCUGGUACGAUGUCAGCACUGGACUCUUCUACGCUGCUACUGCUGUGCUCUGGCUCCUAUUUGUCGGGGAGCACAGAAUGGAUCUGGAUCAAAGAAACAAAUUCUCAAACUAUUGGAAAGAGAUAACAGCAAUCAGUGUGUGCGCGUCUGUCAUGUUCUUAUUCGAUGUGAUUGAGAGAGGACUACAAAUAGCGGACCCUUUUCAUUCGAUCUGGUCCACUGUGAUGGGGGAAAAUACCGCCAGAACUCUACUGAUAGUGUCAGCUGGGUGUGCUGGGUUUUACCUUCUCGUUCUUAUCUAUCUGAUGAUUAGAGCUGUAAUCAGCAUGAGCAGGAAAAGAGCGAGCUUGGUGAACGUUGGUCGAGUAAGACAGAUGUACUACGAGGGGUUGAUAACUAGGUUUAAAGUAAUGGUCUACGGAACAGCAGCGUGUGGGAUCCUAACAGUCGUCAUGUUCAUCAUGAUUAACCUCAAUGAAAUGUACUACAAGUGGGGCAGAACAGAGAAAACUAUCGAGAUUAGCAGUGGUUUUUUAGUUGGUAUUGCUGGUCUGUGGAAUUUGUAUGUUUUGAACAUUCUUCUUCUGUACGCUCCAACAUCAUCCGCCUCACAGGCUACAGAUGAGUACGAGACUGUGGAAAUGAGUGAGGUUAACCCUGGAGGUCCAGAUGCACUCACUACACUCACCAAACCUAGUGCAGACUAGAUGCACUCACUACACUCACCAAA